AUAGUAUAGUGACCAAUUAUUAAGGAUGCAUUUACUAAAAUUAAUAUAGUAAAGAAGCAUUAACAUUAGCUAUUCAUAUCUGCAAAUAUUUGAACAAUGACAUCAGUUAUUACAAGUGGGAGUGAUAGCUAUUUAUGUGACACUAUAGUAACAAUGAAUCACAAUGACAGUGCAUGUGCUGACAAUACACUUUCAGUGUUCCCUGCAUUGGCUAAUCUAUUCUGGUUACUUGCUUCUGUAGACUUCACUUGAAUCAAUAUGUCCAAAAAUUCUCAAGUCGGAAGAGAAAAACAAAUUCAAAAAAAGCCUGGUGGGGUCACAGAGAAAGGACAACAUAAUGAUCUACAUGGACAUUUGAAACUGAAAUAUCCAUCACAGUUAUUUGCUUAUUUCUACAGUGAACUGGUUUCUACUCUCAUCAAAGAUUGUGAUCUUUUAGUUUCUCUUACUGAUUCUGUUACUGACAACAUACUGAGGCACCCAGUUGACAAAGAAAAGAUAAGGCGACAUUCACGUUCCAUUAUUGGAUGCAAAAUGCUUGCAAGUGCAGUUUUGAUGUAUCUUCACAAAUCAAGAUACCCUGAUCAUGUCUUAUGUAAUCUUUUGUUUAUAUUUGAAAGCAAUGAAAAAUUGAUGCCUUUAGUGGGCAACAUGAGAAAAAAAGCUACACAAUUUGAUAUUGAGCUUAAAGAAAUAUGUGAUGUUCAGUUAGAUCUAUUGUUAUCAGAAGCUCGUGAAAGCCAGCCAGCUGCCAAAUGUAUUCAAAAGUUUCAAAGCAGUUUCCAGUUGCCUCCUGACCCAAAAUGCUCUUUAAUGGUAUCUCAGGGUGUGCAAGAGUUCAUACCAUUAGAUAAAGCCUCACUUAAAGGUGAAAGUCCAAUAGGUCAGACGUCACGACUGUAUAUCAAUGAGCUCUGCAAUGUGCCACCUUCCUCCUGGAUACUAAUAGAAGGUGUAUCUGGCAUUGGAAAAUCUACAUUAGCCUAUGAAAUGCUUAAGCAGUGGAAGGAUGGCACUGCUUUGCAGCAAUAUUCGUAUGUUUUAUUGUUACGUCUUCGUAAUGAAAAUGUGCAUCAACAAUGGUCACCAUCACCUGAUGUGCCACAAUUAAUUGAAGAUUGCUUAAAUGAGCAAUAUAUUGAGCCACCAGAAAUAAAAAGCAUAUUAGAUAACAAGGGCCACAAUUUGCUCUUAAUUUUGGAAGGCUAUGACGAACUUCCAAAAGGAAAGUUUAAGUUUCAAAUGGAAGUAUUUCGUCAGUUAAAAAGUGAUUUUCAUAAUGCUGUAGUUGCUAUUACGAUUCAUCCUUCAUUUUUGUACCAGCUCUCCGAAAACAUAUUAUUUACAAAAGAAAUUGAAAUACUGGGUUUCAAUAAGUCUAGCCAGAAUCGAUAUAUUGAAAUAGCUUUUAAAAAUGACAAAAAUAAAAUUGAAGAGUUUACAGAAAGCAUAAAAAGCUGUCCUAUUAUUAAACAAUACCUCAAUGUUCCCCUACACUUAGCCAUAAUGAUCGAAAUAGCUUCUAGCAGUUCACAAAAACCACUGCCACAAACAAUAACAGAAUUAUACAAGUCAUUUGUGAUGAUUUUAAUUUGCCGACAAUCAAAAAUUGAUAUACUGGAUGAUUUAGAUAGCCUACCUCUAAGUGAGAAAAGUAUCUUUCAAAAAAUCUGUGAAUUAGCACUUGAGGAUCAAAUAGUUUUCGACUGCGAUGAUUCAAACACUCUUGGCUUAAUGAAGAGAGAAUUCAAAAUUGAAGGCAAGGAUGUCUGUAUGAAAAGUUCCUCUUUUCUUCAUUCAACCAUAAAAAAAUUUUUAGCUGCUUAUCAAAUGCAAACGGAAGAGAAGAAGGUUUUUAAAAGUUACCGAAAUAAUCGACAAUUUUCAACCACCAUGCACUUCUUGGCUGGGCUGACAGAGCUUCAAGAAAGCUUUGACACUAUCAAGUUCUUGGGUGAACAUAUAUUUCACCUUGAUCAAUUUCAUCAUUUAAUGGAGUUGAAGAAUGAUGCUUCAGUUUCUAAAGUGUUGAAUAAAAAUAAAAUGAUUGAAGUGUCACGUAUUUCAAGAGCUAUUACACUGCAGGAUUUCUAUGUAUUGGGAAGAUGCUUUGGUCUUUCUUCAUGUUCCUGGAAGCUUGGUUUUACAAUACGUGGCUUAUCAAGUGAGCAUAUAAAGAUGUUUGUAUCUGGUUUUAAUGAUGUAAUGCCACAAUCACAACAGCAACAGCAUCCAAGUCUUGAGCAUGUUGUUUUUUCUCUUAAUCCAAUUGGUAAUGAAGGACUAGCUACCUUCCUUAGUUUACCACCAUCAAUUUUAUGUACAAUCUCUGAAUUUUUUUUACGAGCUGCAUUAAUGAAAAAUGGUUGCUUCAAAAGUAAUUGCUUAAAAAAAUUUGAGCAAUUAGAUGCAUUAAAAAUUUUUCUGUUUCAUGACAAUGAGUUUAAUAAAGGUGAGCAGCAACAGCUAAUUGAUGUUCUCUGUACAUUGAAACACCUCGAAAAAGUUUCUUUUUCCAACCUCAGUCCUCAAGAAUGCUUCACGCUUUUAUCACAAUCUCAUUUAACUGAACUGGAGCUAUAUGAACUUUCUCUCGAAUCAGUCGAAGAGUUGUUAAUCUCAUUAACUCAAUGCAUGACACUUGAAUGCAUUGAGUUAUAUCAAAGCCCAAUAACAAAAGAAACUGUAGAGAGAAGUCUUCAACAUUCUUUGCCUCACUGUACACUCAAGGAAUUGAAACUGAUCAAUUGUGAAAUUGAUUCUAAAACCGCCAACUUAAUUAUUGAUGCAGCUACGCAUAGUCCAACUCUCCAAGUUAUUGAUCUAAGUGACAAUGUCAUUGAUGAUAAAGGAGGUUGUUACAUUGCCAGCAAAUUGGAAGAGCUUCUAGUCUCAAGACCAAGACCAUCCCCCAGGCUACAAUUAGCUGGCGAAACUAGAGAGCUUCAUAAUUCAGCAGAAAAUAUUUUACAGCUAUUCUUGCAGCAUAACUUCUUUGCCAAGAAGUCUAUUGAAGAGUUCACAGGCAAGCUAACCCAGUUACCUUAUGCCUUUACCAUACACCUCUCACUGCAAUGGAAGGAUUACGUUGAAACCAAAUUGAGACAUGUUGAAGAAUUGCUACUAAUAAAUGUUCAAAAUGAUAAUUUAGUUCUACAAACUAGACAGCAGCCACAGCAUACAUAUAGCACCCAAGCACCUAGUGCCACCAAUGGUACUGAUAAGGAUGAUACAGGGUCUGGUUGGAUUGAAGUCAAAAAUCCUAGAAGAGGUCGUCCCCAUAAAUGAACAAUAAUUACUGGUUUAAUAACACUGCCUUCCUUUGUUUGUUUCCUUUUAUGAAGUGCUUCAUUUUGACAAUUUUGUUUAUGUGAUUGUUAUUUGUGUUUAGUAGUUUUAGUUAUGACUGUUAUAAAAAAACUUUUAACACUAUAAAAAUUUCGUAAGUAAUAACAUAUUGGGUCUAGUUUGCUUAACCACCUCAUCAAAAAUCUCUGUUUUUCUCUGGCAA